AUGUCCAGAUUCAGGCUGAGCUCUCUCUUCCAGUCAAGCUCCCCCGCGAGCACAGACACCGAGGUCAAGAAGCAGAACCGCCGGUCUUUUUCCGCCCUGUCCUCCUCUCUCCGGCAGAAGGAUGCCGAAGCCAACGGAGCCCCGGCCCCGGCCCCCAAGGUCGCUGCGGCCGAGACGGCGUCCGAGCAAUCCCCGUCUCGCAUGGUUGCUUUAGCCCGACAGAUCACGCAGGCGACCGAGAAGCUGGAGGCGUACAUGAAGGCCAACAACCUGCCCAUGCCCAGCUUUGACCCCGGUCAGUUUUUGGACGUUCUCUCUCUUACUAUCAUCAACCACUACAAGCUCGCACAACUCGUUCCCAUCGACUCGACCAUUCAGCUCGCCGAGUUGGAGACCAAGACAACUCUGGACCGCAUCAACCUCGCCCGGAUCCUCCGCCUGGCCAUGACCAACGGCAUCUUCCGGGAGCCGAGCCCGGGCGUGAUCGCUCACACGGCCGCCUCUCGCGUCCUUGCCGAGGACGAGGACAUGCAGGCGUGGGUCGGCUUCAACGGCGAGGACAUCUUCCGGGCCGCCGGCCACGUCCUGCAGUCGCUCAAGGCCGACCCGGAAGCGACGUCGCUGACCCGGGCCGGCUUCCAGUUCGCCUUCGACACGGUCGACAAGGAGCCCAUGUUUGCCACCUUCGGCAAGGACCCGGAGCGCGCCCGCCGCAUGGGCCGCGCCAUGGCCAGCCUGACGGGCGGCGAGGGGUACGAGCCGGCGUACUUUGUCGACGUCGAGAAGGGCGGCUACGACUUUAGCGACCUGGACGCGGCCGGCGGCACCUUUGUCGAUGUCGGCGGCUCGCACGGCUUCAUCUGCGUCGCCCUGGCCGAGAGGUACAAGAACAUGAAGUUUGUCGUGCAGGACCUCCAGAAGACGGUCGACAGCGCGCCCAAGCCCCUCAGCGCCGAUCCCCAGGUCGCCGAGCGCAUCAGCCUGGUGGCUCACGAUUUCUUUGCCGAACAGGUGACCAAGGACGCCGAUGUCUACUUCUUCCGCUGGAUCAUGCACAACUACUCGACCCCCUACGCCAUCCGCAUCCUCAAGAACCUCGUGCCCGCCCUGAAACCUGGCGCCCGCGUCGUCAUUAACGACUACUGCCUGAGCACCCCGGGCAAGGAGAACCCCUGGGACGAGCGGGUCGUGCGCCGCAUGGAUGUCGUCAUGCUCGCGGUGUUGAAUGCGCAGGAGCGGACGGAGAGGGAGUUUAGGGAGUUGUUUAGGGCGGCGGGGGAGGGGUUUGUUUUUAAGGGUGUCCGGAGAGCCAAGGGCUGCCGUAUGAGUGUCAUCGAGGCUGUCUGGAAGCCUGAUGAGGUGGUGAAGAAGGCUGAGGAGACUGCCGCGCCUGCGACGGUGGCCGAUGCCUCUGCUUGA